GCCCCGCCCCGCCGGUUCUCGGAAGCAGCCUCGGGGCGGGCGGGCCGGAUCUCCCCUACGCCGGCGCGGAAGCGGGCGUAGGGGUGCGUAUCCCGGCGCCCGGCGGCUGCUCGCGGCCCCCCGAGCGCCCACCCGGGCUCCAUGCGCGACCAUGGCGCAGAGCCUCCGGAGCUGGCUGGGCGGCUGCCUCCUGGUGUCAGCAUUAGGAAUGGUGCCACCUCCUGAAAAUGUCAGAAUGAAUUCAGUUAAUUUCAAGAACAUUCUACAGUGGGAGUCGCCUGCUUUUCCCAAGGGGAAUCUGACUUUCACAGCUCAGUACCAAAGUUAUAGGAAAUUCCAAGAUAUAUGCACUAGUACUGUCUUGACGGAAUGUGAUUUCUCAAGUCUUUCCAAGUAUGGUGACCACACCUUGAGGGUCAGGGCUCAAUUUGAAGACGAGCAUUCAGACUGGAUAAACAUCACCUUCUGUCCUGUGGAUGACACCAUUAUCGGACCUCCCAGAAUCCAAGUGGAAGCACUUGCUAAUUCUUUACAUAUGCGUUUCUUAGCCCCGAAAAUUAAGAAUGAACCUGAAACAUGGACCAUGAGGAAUAUUUAUAACUCAUGGACUUAUCAUGUGCAAUAUUGGAAAAAUGGCUCUGACGAAAAGUUUCCAGCUACUGGUCAGUAUGACUUCGAGGUCCUCCGAAAUCUUGAGUCACACACCACUUACUGUGUUCAAGUCCGAGGGUUUCUUCCUGAUCGGAACAAAACUGGGGAGUGGAGUGAGCCUGUCUGUGAGCAGACAACCACUGACGAAACCACCCCCUCCUGGGUCGUGGCCGGUGUCCUGGGAGCCUCGGUGUGCGCCGCCCUCCUGCUGCUCAUUGGCUGCUUCGUCUUGCUGCGGUGCGUUUACAAGAAAGCCAAGCAUGCCAUCCCCCCGAGGAAUUCUCUUCCACAGCACCUGAAAGAGUUUCUGAACCACUCUCAUCACAGCACACUUCUCUUAUUCUCCUUCCCACUGGCUGUUGAGAAUGAAGUCUUUGACACGCUGAGCGUCAUCACAGAAGUGUCCGAAAGCCACACGCCGAAGCUCGGGGCGGGCUGCAGCCUCAGCACCUUGUCUGGGCCGUGAUCCCCUGAGCUGGUCUCCGAGGAGGAAACACACUCAGCCGGGCACAGCGACCCCCUCCUUCUCACGCCUGCCUCUGAAGGUGAUCAGGGCAGCCGACAAACAAGGGCUGAGACCAGCUGAGUAACACCCAAAUUGAGAACCUCAGACGCUGGGACAACAUCCACACCGCCAAGGAGCCGGAUUUGAAAGGCUCACUUGGCACAAAUACUCCAUCUUGGGAACUAGCCACCUUAUAAAGGCCUUAAUGAUUUGAAAAAACAGUUAGCCACUGAAGGUAUGAUCUUCAGCCUCAUGUGCUCACUCAUAUAAAAAAGUUCCAGGGAAUUCCCUGGCGGUCCAGUAGUUAGGAUUCGGCGCUCUCACUGCUGGGGCCUGGGUUCAAUCCCUGAUCAGGGAACUAAGAUCCCACAAGCCACACGGCCCAACAAACAAAACGAAAAACAAGUUUUAAAUGGUGAGAAACAAAAAAUAUUUAAAAUGCUGUAAAACAUUUGCUGUAAAACCUGACCAGAGUAAAACCAAGAUGCUGUAAAACCUGACCGGAGUGCCGAUAGACUGAUGUGAAAAAUGGCCUCGACUCAAAAGUAACCGUCAGCAAACACUGUACAUGUACAGAGCGCAGACUCUGUGGAUUCUCAGGGACACUUUGACUGGAUUUAUUUUUCUAUGCGGACACAUUUUAUAUAUAUAGUGCUGGUGCUCAAUUAAAGUCUUAUUCUCUGUUUAA